AUGUCCUACAAGUGGGAAACGCUGAAACCAAUGCCAUCAAAAAGAGUAUUUGCAUCACCACUUGUGCAUGAGGAUAAUCUCUAUAUAAUUGGGGGAUGUGAUGAGAAAGGUGUUCCGUUGGACUGCUUCGAAAUGUUCAAUUUAAAGCAGAAGAAAUGGCACAGGCUUCAAAACAUGCCCACAAAGAGAGCUGCCCCCGCUAUCGCCGGUAUCGGUAAUAAAAUUGUUGCAGUGGGAGGUGUAUCUGAAUCUCAGAAUCCAUUGGAAGCUAUUGAAAUUUUUGACUUGACUGAGAAAAAGUGGACAGUGGCUGACCCACUGGGAGAAAAGCUUCUUGGUAUAUCCUGUGUCAUUAGAGGUAAUGACUUGGUAGAGGGUCGUAAUUGUUCUAUUGUAAGUUUUAAUUAAAAGUGAAUAAAUAUCUUUUUACAAAUUUCUGUCUUGGUUGUAUAACUCUAAAGUUAUUUAAUAUACAGUGUUAAUUAAUAUUUAAUCAUACUAUCUCAAACCUCCAAAUUUUCUAGCUCUUCCAUUUUUUAUAUGCUCACAAUGGAUGAACAAGGGCUUAUGACAUUGCCAGUUAGUUAAUAUUUUAUAUCCACAAAGUGUUUAGAGUAAAAAAUAAGGUUAAAAAAUAAGGUUUAUAAGACUUAAUACCUUCUUAGUCAAGUCAUAUGAAAUUAAUUCCAUGUCUUUAAUUUAAAUAAAGAAAUCUGUAUGACUACAGUUAGAAUAAAUAACCAAUGAAUUAUCUUUAAUUACAAUUACAUAUAAAUUGCUAUCAAAUUCAUCAUCAGAGUCAUUUUUUUUUUUAAAACAUAGGUGUAACAAUAAUAAAAAUUUGACGUUAACUUUAAACUAGCUAUUUUCAUUUAAAGGUUGUAAUUUAUCCAUUUGGGAAGGACGUAAAUAUGUUAGAAUGUGUGCGCUGCUAAGGCAAGAUUAUUCAUGAUAUUUUUUUCUUGUUACUAUGUUACAGAGACAUCAGUUGGCAUCAGGUGGAUGUAAAGGUUAAAAUCAGUCAACGUCAUUAGGCAUCUUGUACGUACACUGUAAAGUGCAGUAAUUUUUAUUUUAAAUCUUUAAAUAAUUUUCUCUAACAGAAAAUAAAGCCUAUUUCAUGGGAGGAAUGGCUGCAGAUACCACCCCUAGUGACAUGUUAGUGGAAUUAGAUUUGGAGACCAACAAAUGGCAGAAACUGGCACCAUUACUGACGGCGAGAUAUGCCACUUUUGCAUUUCUUAUUCAGGACAAGAUAUAUUUGUUAGGUAAUAAAUAAGGAUGAUGUUAAAUUAAAUGGCAGAUUUGUAAAAUAUUAUGUGUUGCUAAUGUUUAUACUAAUAGUGAAUAAAAACUUAUUCAAUUAGAUGUAAUUACCUCUCAUUGUUAUACUUAAACUGCAAUUUAAGAGACUUUUAUGGUACCGUAGUUAGUGAAUGAUUUGAAAUGGUCCGUAUUGGAGGUAUAUUUAUUUAUGUUUCAUAUUUAAUCAUUUUUGUGCGUGUUAUUUUUUAUUAGGUGGCAGACAAGGAAAAAUCCCAACUACAGCUUUUGAAGUUUAUGACUUCAGCACAAAGAAAUGGUCCAAACUACCUGAUAUUCCUUCCAAACGUGUAUUUGCAAUGUAUGCUACAAAUGGUCAACAAAUUCUCAGUGUUGGGGGCUUGUUGCAGCCAGCUAGUCAAGGUUUUUCUGAUGCAUGUGAGGUUUUUAAUAUUGAAAAGGGUAAGGCACCAUCUGCCUUUUUUUACAUACUCUGUUACUUCCUAAGAUAUUUCUAAAGACUAGAGAUCUGUUAUUUCAUGUUUUUCUUAGUUUCAUUCAAUAUAUUUUCUUUCAUUUCCAUCGUGGAGAAUUUCUGAUGUAGCGAAACUGACCUUUUUUUCUAGCUGUUAAUCAUAUUUUAACUUUGAUUUUAUGUCUUUAAUGCCGUACCUGUUCAAGGUAUUUUAACAUUAAUUUGAGUUAUUUAUGAUUUACUAAAAGGAAAACUGGACUGUUUUAUAUUUAAAAAGAAAAUAGAUUAAUGUUAAAAAAUUGUAUUUUUAUUACUUCAUGGGUGCUGUUUAAGUCAUGAAAUAAUGAUUAUUUUGUCACUUGCAGGGGAGUGGACAGUUUCUAAACCUAUGCCGACAAAACGUGGAGAUUUUGCAGUUGGGGUGAUUGGGGGAAAGUUUGUCUGUGCUGGUGGAUUAGGUAAACUGUUCCUAUGUUUUUAUUUGAAGUUGGCGAUUUGGGUUGAUGUGAAGUGGGAGACACAGGAAAUAUAUUCUGCUGAAAAACCAUGGCAGAAUAAUUUUUACAUUUGUAAUAAACUUUAUUAACAAUAAUAAAUUAUUCUUUCAAAUGAAAAGCAGUAGCACCCUUAGCUGAAAUUAGGAAUAUUUGGGGCAGUAAAAUUAAAAGAUGAGCUUGGAUUUUAAAAAGAAUAAUUUAAAACGUACUUUUAUGGUCAGUCCUGGCACCCGCUGAACACAUUUAUUUAUUUCCAAAAUAGGAUUGACAACCAGUGGGUUUGAAAUUGAAAUCUUUUUCUUACAGGCAAUGAUGGUAAGCCUUUGAAAGCCGUUGAAGUCUUUGAUGCUGAUACCAACAACUGGACGACUGUGACGGAGAUGCCAUCAAGCCACUGCUCUUGCUCUUACACCAUGGUCGGCAACCGCCUGUUUGUGUGUGGUGGACUCUCGAGUCGUGGUCCCAGCAAUGCAAUGGAAGCUUUAGAUUUCUCAUAGAUUUAAAACUACAUACGUGGUGCGAUUUUUUUUGUGUGUAUGAUUUAGGUCGUCAGAUGACUGCAUUAAGGAGGAU